GGUAAGUGAGCAGAUGGGCAGAGUGCUUUACAGAGGUUGUAGCUUGGGUUGCGGUCAAUAGAGGUGGCGAACCUGGUCUGCGAGGCUUGCUAUUACUUAAUACUCUCAGCACUUUGUAGGGCAUGGCGGCUCCACAAGUCCCCAAGAGGACCGUGCUCUUCCAGAGGGAGCGGACUGGACUGACCUACCGUGUGCCAGCGCUACUUCGUGUGCUGCCCGGACCCACUCUGCUUGCCUUUGCUGAGCAGAGGCUCAGUCCAAAUGACUCUCAUGCCUACCGACUAGCACUGCGGCGGGGCACACUGACUGGGAGCUCAGUGAGGUGGGGAACCCUGCUCAUACUGGAGACUGCUGUGCUGGAGGGACACCGGUCCAUGAACCCCUGCCCAGUGCUGGACUCGGACUCAGGUACCAUCUUCCUCUUCUUCAUUGCCGUGUUUGGUCAUACCUCAGAAGCUGCGCAGAUUGCCACAGGCAGGAACGCUGCUCGCCUCUGCUAUGUGACCAGUCGUGACACGGGCCUCACUUGGAGCAGUGUUCGAGACCUCACAGAGGAAGCCAUCGGGGCUGCUUUACAGGACUGGGCCACUUUUGCAGUGGGUCCAGGCCAUGGGGUCCAGCUGCUCUCAGGACGCCUGCUGGUUCCUGCUUACACCUACCGUGUGGACCGUCGGGAGUGUUUUGGCAGGAUCUGCUGGACAAGUCCCCACUCCUUUGCCUUUUACAGUGAUGACCACGGAACUUCCUGGCAUUGUGGAGGCCUUGUGGCCAACCUGCACUCGGGUGAGUGCCAGCUGGCCUCAGUGGAUGGAGGCUUACUCUACUGCAAUGCUCGGAGUCCCCUGGGCAACCGUGUUCAGGCUUUAAGUGCCAAUGAGGGAAUCUCUUUCUGGCCUGGGGAGCUGAUACCUACACUAGCUGAGACUGCCCGUGGCUGCCAAGGUAGCAUUGUGGGAUUCCCAGCCCCUCCUCUCAAUCAGUUUCAGAAUGAGUGGUGGUCACUGGGAACUCAAAAAACCCCAUGCACCUCACACCUCUGUUCUAGAUUGCAGAAGUCUUCAAGGGAAAGUGCUAGAGGCCCUUGUGGGGACUUGGUGCUCAGAGGGCCCUUCUGCUACCCUGAGCCUUGGGGAGACAAACAAGAAAAACUUGGUGUGAAGUCUGGGCCAGGUGAACAUAGAGCAACCUGGAUACCAACACUCUCUCUGCCCUCUGCUAUCCUGGCCCAGAGCCCCACGUGGUUGCUGUAUUCUCACCCAGCAGAGCGUAGAGCUCGGCUCCACAUGGGAAUCUAUCUGAACCGGUCCCCACUAGACCCAUAUAGCUGGACAGAGCCAUGGGUGAUUUAUGAGGGCCCCAGUGGCUACUCUGACCUAGCAUCCCUUGGACCUAUUCCUGGGUCAACCCUGGCCUUUGCCUGUCUGUUUGAGAGUGGAGCCAGGGUCUCCUAUGAGGACAUCUCAUUCUGCAUGUUCUCACUACAUGACAUUCUUGAGAAUGUGCCCACUGACCCAGAGCUUCCCAGUUGUAAGGACAAACCUCAGGGACAUUGCUGGCCCUUCUGAUGGCCCUACCCUUGCUGGGUUCUUGUGAAUGAGGGGGGUUGAAAUUCAAAGAGGAGGUCUGGGGAAGGCCAGCAUAAUCACAGAGUGGACAGAGCUUGAGGCCAGCCUCCUCACUGGCAGAGAAGGGUAUCAUCAGAAGAUCUGGCUGCACUAUGAAGGGCCUCCUGCCAUGGGUCAGCACAGACUGCUCUUCAAGAAAGGCGCAUACACCUGUGGAGGAGGAGUUUGGAUCUGGAUGAGGUAGUUAAGGUUCCAUUCUGAGUCUGACCACAUGGCCAGCACAAUUCUAGUUCUGGACAAUAGAUUCCAGAGAGCCCAGAGCACUGCCUUGUCUGACAGUUGUUCUCCUAGCCCUGAAUCACUGCCUUCUGUCCUGUAUAUGAGUGAGAAAUAAAGAGAUUGCACUGUGUCUGCUUCUGUCCAUGCCACAGCCCUAAAAGGAGUCCCAGUAGUGCUCUAACCCUUUUCUCUGAUCCCUGUCCAAAUUUUCCUUCCUUUGCCUGGCUCAGCUGUCAUGUGCCCAAGGAUGGCUGGCAGGUCUGAGGGCUGUAGGAGCAGAGGACAUCAUGAAUUACCCUUUCUGUCUACCACCAGCUUUGUGCUAACCCAGGCCAUCUAGGGUUUAUUGAUGACUACGGUCUGCUCAGUUUCUAGUUGGGGGAGCAUGUUGGGAGACCAGUACACUGGAAACAACCUGCCUUGCAUUGUAUCUGGGCCUCUCCAGCUAGCUGGUGGGAGCAAAGCUGGGCAUGAGCAGGAAUCUGCCCCAAGGGAAAAACCCUUUGUAUGUCUUCUCUGUAUUAGGUCCUAAUUUCUGAUUAUGUAAACAUUAUGUGGCCAAAGGAGGGAUAGGACUGCUUACAAUGCAAUGCAAUCUUCCAGACACAAAAUGGCCUGGAUAUCCAUGACCUCGCAGUACUUCCUACAUAAGACCCUUAUAAUAGGAGG